AUGGCUGACACCGAAGAUUCCUCCCUAGACCCAACCUCUGCCUCGACUUCACCCAAGCGAGGCAACACAUUCUCGCUUCAUGACCUGGACACGGAUUCCGAGGGUGAUCUAGGCGCCCAUGAUUCCCGAGGUGACACGGGCUCCGAAAGCUCAGAGGGGCAAACCAAAGGCGACGCAUCAUCAGUGAACACCCGCCCUGCCCACAACGAUAAGAGUCAUGAUGAGUCAGGUCUGCAAGACGGAAUGCUUCCUCGUGACCUUCCCACUCGCACCGCUUUCUACGACCCUGUUGCUGAACGCCAGAUGAGCCAAGCAGAUGCCAAGUUAUUCUAUCAGAGGAGCCAGGUUGGCCAAUUACGGACCGGCAGUGGUGUGUGGUCGCAAGGUCACUCCACGCCCCAUGGGAGCCCUGUAAUUGUGGGUUCAGACCCUCGUGAUGUUUCCGCGGGCGCGAGCGCGGGCACAAGAGGCAUCGAUCAAGCUAUGGACUCUUCGCCAUUAGGCCAAGAGAAAGGGCAGUUGAGGGGGAAAACCUCGGCUCGCGAAGACUUGAUGCUGCCGGACCCUUCACAGCCGCCUGGGCAAUCGGUCGGCGGAGAGGAGGCCCCCCCUCCUCGAAAUAACCCCUUCCAGAACGAUAUGCAUGAUAUCGCGCAAGAAGGAGCUCAAGUGAGUACGAGUCACCUGUUUGACGCAAACCCGACGAUGUUCAGCCAGUCUGCAGCUCUUGGUGUUGCUGCAUUCUCAGAUACAGACCCUCAUAUCACGGCUGAGCUCAGCUCUAUCUCCAAGAACAUCCAAAGUAUUGUGCACCUUCGAAAGAGGUACAUCGGACUGUCCCUCCAAGGCCCCGAUGAUAAUCCCAAAGACGACGCAUCCUGGGCGAUCUAUCCCCCACCUCCACAGCCAGCCUGGGGCGCUGAACAUGCACGAGCAGCUGGAUCAACAGACGCAAUGAACAGCUCUGCUAAUAGUCUAACCGGAAGUAUGGUCAUGUCGUCGACAGCGGCAGGUCCGGAACUGGAGCCAAAACGGACGUUGAAGAAAAGAAAGCCGGGCCAAGAUAUUGGGGAGGAUUUCGAUAUGAAUGAUCUUCUGCCACUGCCCGCAGUUGACACAAUGACAUUCAAGCUUGAUGACAGUGGUGUCUACCAGGUCUUCGACAGUGAGGAUGCUCAGGCGAGUGGUGCCCCUCUCGUUCGUGUCCCUACUAUUCGCGAAUUCUACAUGGAUCUUGAUCAGAUCUUGAGUAUUUCCUCGGAUGGUCCUAGUAAGAGUUUCGCAUUUCGUCGGCUGCAAUAUCUGGAAGGCAAAUUCAACCUGUACGCGCUUCUCAACGAGUACCAAGAGACCGCGGACAGCAAAAAAGUGCCCCACAGAGACUUUUACAACGUGCGUAAGGUCGACACACACGUUCAUCACUCUGCGUGUAUGAACCAAAAACACCUUCUGCGUUUCAUCAAAAGCAAGAUGAAAAAAUGCCCGGAUGAGGUAGUGCUCUUCCGCGACGGUCGGCAUCUUACCUUGGCAGAGGUGUUCCAGAGCAUUAAUCUUACUGCUUACGAUCUGUCCAUCGAUACCUUGGACAUGCACGCACAUACGGAUUCCUUUCACCGCUUCGACAAAUUCAACUUGAAGUACAACCCAAUUGGCGAGUCCAGGCUCCGAACAAUCUUUUUGAAGACAGACAAUUUCAUCAACGGACGCUAUUUGGCCGAGAUCACCAAGGAGGUAAUUGCUGACCUGGAGUCAAGCAAAUACCAGAUGGUCGAAUGGCGCAUUUCCAUCUAUGGCAAGUCACUCGACGAGUGGGACAAAUUAGCGGCCUGGGUCGUCGACAACAAGCUCUUUUCUCACAAUGUUCGAUGGCUCAUUCAAAUUCCUCGUCUGUAUGAUGUUUAUAAGGCAAGCGGACUCAUGGACACAUUUGAGCAAGUUGUGAAGAACGUAUUCGAACCUCUGUUCGAGGUGUCCAAGGAUCCAUCAAGUCACCCAAAGCUGCACAUCUUCCUGCAGAGAGUGAUUGGCUUUGAUAGCGUCGAUGAUGAGAGCAAGGUUGAGAGGCGUCUGUUCAAGAAGUUCCCAGUGCCGAAGGUAUGGGACUCAAAACAGAACCCGCCGUACAGCUAUUGGAUCUACUACUUGUUCUCCAAUAUGGCCUCACUCAAUAUCCUCCGACAGCGUCGUGGCUUCAACACAUUUGCGCUCCGUCCACACUGCGGUGAGGCAGGGGAUAGCGAACAUCUUGCCGUUGCCUUGCUUUGCUGCCACAGUAUUAGCCACGGACUGUUACUGCGCAAAGUCCCUCUUCUGCAGUACAUCUUCUACUUGGAGCAAAUAGGUAUUGCCAUGUCGCCUCUAAGCAACAACGCCCUGUUUCUUGCUUACGAGAGAAACCCUUUCUAUCAAUACUUCCGCAGGGGUCUAAAUGUCUCCCUGUCCACAGACGACCCUCUGCAGUUUGCCUUCACCAAAGAGCCGUUGAUGGAGGAAUACGCAGUGGCCGCCCAAAUCUACAAGUUGGGCUCCGUGGACAUGUGCGAGCUGGCAAAGAACUCAGUCAAGCAGAGCGGGUUCGAGAACGCAAUCAAGGAGCAAUGGUUGGGACCUAACUACAGCUUACCCGGCAAGGCAGGCAACACCAUGGUGAAGACGAACGUCCCGGACCGCCGAGAGGAGUUCAGAUUUCAGACGCUCAUGGAAGAGCGUGACAUGUAA